AUGAUUCUCCCUACUCCACGAGAGAGGUCUCAGCCAUUCGUCACGUCCAGCCUGCUGCAGCAGCAUCCGCUGCAGCAGCAGCAGCAGCAGCAGCAGCUGCAGCAGCAUUACCCUUCCUUGAGUACCAGCAGAGGCAGCAUCAGCAGCACGGCCAGAGGCAGCAGCUUUCUGCAGGGGCCUUCUUUUCUUAGACUGCUGAAACACACAAACAGCAGCCAGAGAGGAUACAGAACCGAGUACAGGGUGCAGCCUGCGGAGCAUCUGCCUCUGGCGUUUUAUGAUUCUCCCUACACCACGAGAGAGGUCUCAGCCAUUCGUCACGUCCAGCCUGCUGCUGCAGCAGCAGCAGGAACUGCUGCAGAAGAAGCAGCAACUGCAGCAGCAACUGCAGCAGCAGACGAAGCAGAAGAAGCUGUAGAGUCAAGGUUCCCUCGUCUACAUCAGAGAGAGGAACAGCAGCAGGUGCAGCAGCAGCAGCAGCAGCAGCAGCAGCAGCAGCAGGAACAGCAGCAGGAACAGCAGCAGCAUCACCAAGGAGGUGAUUCUGUUGAGCAAGAAAUGAAAGGCUGGGGUGUAUUGUCAGCUGCUUCUUCUGUGCUGUCUCCGGUGUCUAUACACCCCGUAUCAUCAGGGGUUUGUAAGCCAGCAGCAGCAACACAACGCCGCACUUUCUUUUCUUCUCUUCUCCGCUGGCUGCGGGGGACGAGAGACAUGGAGGACCCCGAGGCCAUCGCAGCCUUGGCGCGCAAGGUUCACUGCUGGAACGUACAGAGACAGCAGCAGCAGCAGCAGCAGCAGCAGCAGCAGCACAUGCAGCAGCAGCAGCAGCAGCAGCAGCCGACGAAGCUGCUGAUCGCCAUGCGGCAUGCGGAAAGCACCUUCAAUGUAUGGAGGAGAGAAUCCUUCACCAAAUUCAGAUUCAGAGGUCACCUUCAAUAUAUGUUGAGGAGGGACUGGGGGGAGGAGGAUGUGCCGCUGUCUCCCAGCGGUUUGCUGCAGUGUACAGCUGCUGCUGCUGAGCUGUCUAGUCUUCUUGCUGCUGUGCGAGCGUUAGAGGCAGAGGAUAGAAAGCACACAAGCCAUGCUGCUGCUGCAGCAACAGCAGCAACAGCAGCAACAGCAGCAACAGCAGCAACAGGGACAGACAGACCGCUGCUACAGCCUUUCUGCGUUGAUGCGUUUCUCGUCUCUCCACUGACACGAGCUCUACAGACAGCAGCAAAUACGUUUCACAAUGCCGAUCCAAGCUGGCAGUGUGCUGCUGCAGCAGCUAAUACAUCUGCUGCUGCAGCUGCUGCAGGUGCUGCAGCAGCAGCUGACAGCAGCGUGAGGUGGUUAGUAAGCACCUUACUGCGUGAGAAGAUGUCAACAAAGGGAGACGUAGGAACCGAGAGAGAGCAGCUGCUGCCGCGGCUGUCGGAGUUAUAUAGAGAGGGGAAAGCACUGAGCGGCUCCUCCUUUGACUUCACAGCAACAGCAGCAACAGCAGCAGCAGCAGCAGCAGGGACAGAUAGACCGCUGCUGCAGCCUUUCUGCGUUGAUGCGUUUCUCGUAUCUCCACUGACACGAGCGCUACAGACAGCAGCAAAUACGUUUCACAAUGCCGAUCCAAGCUGGCAGUGUGCUGCUGCAGCAGCUAAUACAUCUGCUGCUGCAGCUGCUGCAGGUGCUGCAGCAGCAGCUGACAGCAGCGUGAGGUGGUUAGUAAGCACCUUACUGCGUGAGAAGAUGUCAACAAAGGGAGACGUAGGAACCGAGAGAGAGCAGCUGCUGCCGCGGCUGUCGGAGCUGUAUAGAGAGGGGAAAGCACUGAGCGGCUCUUCCUUUGACUUCAGUCUGCUGCCGCCGAAGGAGAUGUGGUGGGUGCCGCAUACAGCAGAGCAGCUGCAGCAGCUGCUGCAGCAGGUGCAGCAAGAACUGCACCAGCAACAGCAACAGCAGCAGCAGCAACAACGUCAGAAGCAGCAGCAGAAGCAGGUUCUGGUGGGGAGCAGCUGCAUAGACACCCCGGCGAGUACUGGUGCUCUUGGCUGCGCCUCAGACACUGCAAGCACCGCGGCGUCCGAGGGGGGGGGUGGAGGGGGUGGUUCUGAGUGGAGUGAGCUGGUGUUGAGUUUGGGUGACACAGCAAGAGCCCGCGGGUUGACGGCUGCAGAAGCAGCUGUUAAGAAAGUGUUUGAAGGAGCAGAAAGAGCAGCACGAGAGCCUCUGGCUGUGCAGCAGCGGCUGCAGCGGUGGCGCGAGGAAAGCGCUCGUUUGCCUGUGUAUAGGACGGUUCCGAGUGAAAGUAGUGACAUUCUAGAACUCAGAGCUAAAAUACUUCUUAAUUUAUUGUGUAAAACUGAGGCGGCUGCAGCGGUGGCGGGAGGAAAGCGCUCGUUUGCCUGUGUAUAG